AUGGAGCAAACUCGUUGGGUCUCUGCGGCAAACGACCAGCCAAUUCCUAAACUGGAUGGCUUCCAAUUUCAUCUAGGGGAACAGACUUCUCCCGAGAUUCCGGAUUUUAAUGAUGAACACAGUUCUUCCUCUGCCAUAGCCUACUUGAGAUUACCACCUGUUCAUCCACCUUCGCCGACCAACAUAUUCCUGGCAAACUUCCCAAAGAGUUGGAGCGAGUACGACUUGGCCCAGAUAUUUGAUGGCAUCCCUAUUCUGACGGUGCACGUCAUUAGGGACAAGAUUGCAUCGAAUGCCGGCGGCGGGUUGAGUCGGGGGGUAGGCUUCGUCAAUGUCCUUUAUAAGCAUGAGGCUGUCGCGCUGGUGCAACACCUCGAUAGGAAAAUUUGGCUCGACGUAGAAGCGCCUCUCAAAAUCCGAUUGGCCAAGGCGACGGCGCCUAAUCCAAAGGUUGACGUAGAUAUCAACGGCAUGAUGGAUCCGGCCACUAGGCCGAAGGAGGGCGAGCUUAGCCCCGGACGACGUCCCGGGCCCAAAGUAAACUUGCUAAAAGAGCUUGAGGUGGUCGUCACAUUAGCGAAACGGCCGAUCCAAUCAAGUCCUUCUUCGUUCAACAAAAGUCCAACCGUACCCGGGGGGCUUUACAACUUGUGGGAGCCUAUGGCCUGCAACGUGAAGCAUCACUCGAACGGUUGGCCAUCUUAUACGAAUACGAAAUUCGAACCGAUGCAAUUCCCGAAUGAAGUCAACCACUUCCGUUCGCCGGUUCAUUCGAGCCCGAGUACUCCCUACGACCCCAAAGGAAUCCUCGAAGCUUACCCAAAUCAAUGGGCCUCCUGGCAGUCAAACCAGGAACCCAUCAAGCCGAUGAUCUUCGAUCAUUGCCCUCCGAUGAGGUCUUACCCUUACUCGACGAAUGGGUUCCCAAAGCCGCCUAGCCAUCUGCCUUCGGUACCCGACAAGUCUUCGAGUCCAAGCUGGCCGGGCUCAAACUUUGAUUAUGGCUUCAUUGGUGGUCCAGCGGUCGAUCUGAUCAGUGGGGCUGUGAUCUCUCCUCGACGGCAUCAACGCAACUCUUCGCCAAUAUCUAGCGAAACGAGUAUACCACGUUCGAGUUGA